AGGGACGUGCUGCGAGCUUUCCCAGUGAGGAGGACGCCCGGAGCUCGUCAUUCAUCCCCAGCCAGCCGCACAAUGGCACCGUCCCUCAUCCGAGCUUGCCGCAGUCUGGCUCUCUCGACGUGGCUGCUGUCGUUUUGCUUCGUCCACUUGCUGUGCCUGGACUUCACGGUCGCAGAGAAGGAGGAAUGGUACACAGCUUUUGUCAACAUCACCUACCUGGACCCCGUCACUUCGGAGGUCAAGACAGAGAAAACCGAGUGCGGUCGGUACGGAGAGCACUCGCCCAAGAAGGAAGCCAGAGGUCUGGUUCUGGUGCCGUCCCUCCCGCAGGACAGACAGGUGUGCGACCCCCACGUCAGGUUCCCUCCUGUCUCUCACAACAUCGCCUGGGUGGCGUUAGUGGCUGCGGGAAAUUGUACAUACAGAGAGAAAAUCCGUAACGUUGCAAAUCUCAACGCCUCUGCAGUUGUCAUAUACAAUGUGGGCUCAAGCAGUGCCAACGACACCAUAACAAUGCCCCAUCCAGGUACAGGUGAUGUUGUGGCCAUCAUGAUCCCAGAGCCUAAAGGUCGUGAGAUUGUGGCCUUGCUGGAGCAGAACAUCGUGGUCAUGUUGCACAUCACUAUUGGAACCCGCAACCUGCAGAAGUACGUGAGCAGAACAUCGGUAGUGUUUGUCUCCAUCUCCUUCAUCGUGCUCAUGAUCAUCUCCCUCGCUUGGCUCGUCUUCUACUACAUCCAGAGGUUCCGCUACGCAAAUGCACGAGACCGCAACCAGAGACGUCUUGGAGAUGCUGCCAAAAAAGCCAUCAGCAAGCUUCAAGUACGCACCAUUAAGAAAGGAGACAAGGAGACUGAGUCUGACUUUGACAACUGUGCAGUUUGUAUUGAAGGUUAUAAGCCUAAUGAUGUUGUAAGGAUAUUACCAUGCAGGCAUGUCUUCCAUAAACACUGUGUAGACCCAUGGCUACAAGACCACCGCACGUGUCCCAUGUGUAAAAUGAACAUCCUCAAAGCCUUAGGAGUCCCACUCAACGCUGACUGCUCAGAUGAGAAUCCUCCCGACUAUGAGAUGUCUGUCGGCGGUCCACCCACCAACCCCAUCAGUGGGGCAAGUGAAAUCACAGUCAACGAGAGCUCUGUAGUGCUGGACCCAGCAGGGACAGAGGUGGGUCUGCAGCAACUCUAUCCUGAUUCAGAGAUGGUGCAUCAGGCCGGGGAGAGCCACAUCAUAGCCAGCAGUGAGCACCAGCCUCCGCUCAGCAGUGAUUCAGACACUUCUAUUAUCAUGGGCGUGGAGGUAGGCAUGUCUGAAAUAGACCUGUCCACAGAGCAGGAAUGUGACGGGGCCAAAUCCUGAGCCAGUCAGAACUGAAGAAAAAGCUUGAAUCACCAGGAAAAGGAGGAUGAGAACAGGACAGAGUGAUUGGGGGACUCCCAGAAAUUCGCUACGUCUUCGUCCCCUGGAGGAAAUGACCUCAUAGAAGAUGGGCAAAUGAGCAAUACAACCCAUAGCAGCACAAAACACCCUGUUCUGUCUGUACUACCUGAAAAACAGACUUGUCCCCGUGUCUGUGGACAUGUCGCUUGCUCGUUUUCUUGCAGUCACACUUCACCAUUUUGUUGGUGAACACAGCUCUCAUAUUGUGGUGGUCCGGUCCCUGUCCACGUAAUUUUUUUCACAUUCUUAAACUUAGCAUCUGAAAUACACACACAGUAACUGAGAUGUUAGUGGCCUUCACUGUACUGAGAAGGCUAAAUAAUGUUUUCCUCACUCUGGCAACCUAAACCUGCCGCUGGACACAAUAUGAGCACAGGAGCAUCGGGGCCUCUUCAACACCUGAUUGCAGCUUUAAUUAUAUAAAAAAUAUGUGCAGAUUGUUUGAUUUCGUGGUAUGAGAUCACUGCCAACGUAUUCCAGAAGUAAGUUUUACUGAUGUGAUGGAUACACAGGAUGUAUAGAGCCUAUGUCAGCAAUUUCUUAGGAGUCCCUAACAGUUGGUGUGAAUACCCACCAGCAAUUUUUCAACUUCAGACUUUGGUAACGUGUUAUUAUCCCCUGAAAACUUGAAGCAUAGGUCAUUAAGUUCAUGCAGCCCUCUGGCAUUAAGGAGUUGAAACAUGUAUGCACACAUUAUGCUGUAAUUUCUAAGUGUUACUGUUACUAUUGUGUGGAGACCUUCAUUUUUGAAUACUAUCUUACCAACUGAAUAUUCCUGUUGAGAGGAAAUAACCAAACACAAGGUAGAUACUUCUCUCCACACAUUUGACAAUC